AGGUACAAACAGACAACAGGUGCGAGUAGAUUAACGUCUAGAUGAAUCCAGUCAUGAGGGUCUUCUUUGUUUUAUGCACAGCCCUUUUGGCGACUUACAGAUGUGCUCAAGGAAACACCAGGCUGCAGAAUUUUGAAGAAGCUCUGAAGAACUUCAGUGAGGAGGAAUUACGCAAGGAGGACCCAGAGAUGGGCAGAUCAAAUACCUUCCGGCAUCCUCCUUUUCAGUGCGCAGACAUGAGCCCCUCUCCCUCUGUGCCAGCAUCAGUGGAGUUUGUGAAAGCAGCAGACAUCAAGGUUAUCGCAGCAAUGGGUGAUUCACUGACUACUGCAAUUGCUGCCAAUGCAUCCACAAUUUUGGGAGUGCCAAUUGAAUAUCGCCAUGUUUCAUGGAGCAUUGGAGGACAUGGGACAUAUCAAGAUGUCAUUACUCUCGCAAAUAUUGUGAAGCUCUUUAACCCUGAUGUGCUAGGCCCUGCUCCUGAAUCGACUAUGAAUGGACACCCCACAACGUUAGAGCAGACAGGAUUCAACCUGGCCGUUACAGGACAUAACAGUCUAAACUUUUCUGAGCAGACAAGAACCAUGAUUGACACCUUUAAAAACUAUUCAGCCAUGAACUUUGAGGAGGACUGGAAACUGGUCACUGUCCUGAUUGGAAUGAAUGACAUUUGUGAUUACUGCAAAGACAAAAAACUCUUCUCUGUAGAUAACUUCAUCCACCAUAUGAAAGAGUCUCUUCAAAUGAUGAUGGAUGAGGUUCCAAGGCUGAUUGUGAACAUGGUGCAAAUCUUGAAUAUGGAGUCACUGAGGGAUGUUCAGAAGCCAACACUGGGCUGCCAGUUACAAAAAAGCUUUUGUUCCUGUUUGGUGUUACCAGAGGAGAACUCUACAGAACUGAAGGAACUUGUAAAACUGAACCGCGAGUUCCAGCUUAGGCUGGAGGAACUCAUCCACAGUGGCCAGUUCUUCAAGGAUGACUUUGCAGUGGUUCUUCAGCCCUAUGUCACUCGCACGGAGCUUCCCAAAUUACCUGAUGGCACAGUUGACUUCAGUUACUUUGGACCUGACUGUUUCCACUUUAGUAUUAAAGGCCAUGAAGAAUUGGCAAAGGGUUUGUGGAACAACAUGUUCCAGCCUGAGGGUAAGAAAGACAUUAUAUCCAGCCUGACCGAGCCUGUGAAACUCAUCUGCCCUUCACAGGAGCACCCCUACAUAUACACAAGACCAAAAUCGCUGUACUCAGCUGCUUCACGAGGACAAGUUCUCCUGACUCUUUUGACUUUUGCCAGUUCCCUGACUGUAGGGUUUGGUUACUGAUGUCCUGCAAUCAGAUUUCACCUCUUCCACAACCAUCAAUCAGCAUGAAACAUCCUAACUGAGACUGUACUUAGCGUAAAUGUAUCACUUAAACUGUGAAUAUAAUUCUGUGUUUAAACUCA